AAACGUGAGGUCGUACUGUACCGACACGUUGUGUUUGGGCUCCGAAAAAAGGACUUAAAAACAGUGCAAAAUCGUCGUUAAUCGACUUUAAUAGUGUGAAAAACGUGCUCAGGGCACCUGAUUUACCCUUUAAGAGCGUUAUCAAGUGUUUUUAAGGCGAAAAUUCAACAAAAAUCGUGCAUUUGUGUUUGUUGCCUAUGAACCCCCCACCAUGUGUUUGUGUGACAUGGUGUAAAAGCAGAAAAUCGAAAAAAGUGCCCAAAAAGUGCCAGAAUUGCACGAUUUUAGUGUAAACAGUGCAUCUGAGCACGAAAAAAGGUGUUAAGAAGUGAUCCGCGCAUGAAAAAACCACAAAAUUGUGAAAAAAAAGUUUUGCGUCAUCCAGCCCAUACUGGGCCAAGUAAUCGCCGGAUCUGUGUUUUCAGCGAUAUAAUUUGCCCAGAUUCUCGCCGGGUGUGGUUUUUAAGGCCAUCGGGUGGCCAAAGAACGUUCAUCCAGUGAAAACCGAUCGAAAAUCGGCCGUUUGUGACCGAAAAAAAGUGAAAUAAUAUUUAAUAUUAUUCGGUGAACAAAUUUACGAAAAUUCGGUUCCAGGUGAAAUUGGGUGAAAUUGGGUGGGUUGACUGUACGGCCCCUGAUGGCCCCUGAGUUAAGGUGCCGUUACACGAGUAACCAUAGUUUAGGUGACCAUCGACGUGCGGAAAAUUUUUGUGACAUCGGCCUAUUGCGAAUGCUCACCGUGUGUUUGUGUGACGUGGUGCUAAAGAAGAAAUUCGAAAAGUGCCCAAAAUGUGCCUGAGUUGCACUAUUUUAGUGUAAACAGUGCAUCUGAGCACGAAAAAAGGUGUAAAGAAGUGAUCCGCGCAUGAAAAAACCACAAAAUUGUGAAAAAAGUUUUGCGUCAUCCAGCCCAUACUGGGCCAAGGUUUCGCCGGAUCUCUGUUUUCAGCGAUAUAAUUUGCCCAGAUUCUCGCCGGGUGCGGUUUUUAAGGCCAGCGGGUGGCCAAAGAACGUUCAUCCAGUGAAAACCGAUCGAAAAUCGGCCGUUUGUGACCGAAAAAAAGUGAAAUAAUAUUUAAUAUUAUUCGGUGAACAAAUUUACGAAAAUUCGGUUCCAGGUGAAAUUGGGUGGGUUGACUGUACGGCCCCUGACGGCCCCUGAGUUAGGCAUCGGUUGUCAAACGGCCUGACAGCUCGGACGGACCGAUCGUUAAGGUGCCGUUACACGAGUAACCAUAGUUUAGGUGACCAUCGACGGGCGGAAAAUGUUUGUGACAUCGGCCUAUUGCGAAUGCUCACCGUGUGUUUGUGUGACGUGGUGCUAAAGAAGAAAUUCGAAAAGUGCCCAAAAUGUGCCUGAGUUGCACUAUUUUAGUGUAAACAGUGCAUCUGAGCACGAAAAAAGGCAGAGUGCGUCGGGCUGCCAUCAAACCCUCAAGUAGGUGCGCGUUUGUGAAAGCGGCCCUGAAAUCUUUCAGGGAGGGUGAAAUAUUUCACUUUUGAAAUAUUUCAAAAUUUGAAAUUUUUCAACAUUUCAAAAAUCCGUUCUCCAUCGGUUUUCUUGACGAACCUAAAACCGGGGGUCGGUUUCUGACGCCUCGUUGGCGAGAGUGCGGGCGUUAGGCAUAGUGCGUCGGGCUGCCAACAAACCCUCAAGUAGGUGCGCGCAACGUUGAAACCAACAUGUCGGGGCUGGGCGGUGAUGCCCAUCCCCAAGGGAGCUCGGGACGAGUACUUCGCCCGAGGGCUCGAUCGGUGUCCCUCAACCGGGUCGACGCAUUAAAAGUGUCUGACUCAACACCGGUGGAGCCACCACCCACCGCAGGCAUCGUCUACUUGAGUGAUGAUGAAGAAGAAGAAUUGAACUGCACGAUCCUCGCGGGCCCGUCGGGAUUAGCAGUUCCACCAAUGGGGAAGGUGCCAUUGGUAGUGCUGGACAAGUUGCCCAGCCAGAGUCAACAGCGCGAGGAGAUGACGGUACCGGCCACCUCAACACCAAAGGCUGGUAAGUGUUCUUCUGCUGAACCAUCUCUCUCAGAGAUGAACGAGAGCUUGAAGCUCCUGGCCAUGCAGGUUGCUCAGCUCUCAAAGGAGCUUAGCCUCUGCCGUAAGGAGCUCCAGGAAAGUUUGAUGAAAAAUGCGGCGCUUGAACGGGAGCUCGAAACGUACAGGAUGGGCGCCCGUUCGGUCAUCGAGCUGCAGCAGCAAGCAGCAGCAGCCCCAAUGAUGACAGCCCAGGGAGCCCACAGCUCUCGCAACCGUCGCGGUCGCCAAGGACCACAGCAGCAGGAGCAGCGGCAGCAGCAGCAACAGCAUCAGCAGCGGGAACAGCAGCAGCAGCAGCAGCAGCAGCAGCAGCAGCAGCAGCAGCAACAACAACAGCAGCAGCGGAACCAGCAGCGUGAAUGGCAGCAGCAGCAGCAGCAGCAGCAGCAUCAACAGCGAGAACAGCAGCAGCAGCAACGGGUGCAGCAACAGAAUCAGCAGCACCAACGUCAGCAGCAGCAGCAGCAGCAGCAGCGGCAACAGCAACAGCAGCAGGAGCAGCAAGAAUUAUGGACGACGGUAGUGCGCCGCCGUCAAAAUACACAGCAGCAGCAGCAGUCUAACCAACCGCAGCAACAACAACAGCAGACUGGGCGGUAUCAGCCGCCGCAAAUGAGGCAGCAGCUACAGCAGCAACAGCAGCAACGACAGCCACAGCGAUAUGUGGUCGCAGGCUCGUCGCAACAGCAGCAGCAGCAGCAUCAACAGCAGCAGCAGAAGCGUAAGCGUCCUAAGCCCGAACUGAUAGAGAUCUCUCCUGGUCAGAACGAGACUUUCGAGAGCGUCUCCUUGAAAAUCCGUAAAGCCGUUGACGAUAAUGGCACACAUAAGGAGUUAAAGGAUUUCAUCAUCAUGGGCCGGCGCACAGAUAAGGCGUUGCUACGACUGACGCUUGCUAGAUCCGCAAACGCGACCUUAAUUCUCCAGCAGAUCCGAACGAUCAUCGGCGAGGCUGGAACUUGUCGACACGUGACGGAAAUGGCGGCCUUGGUAGUAAACGACAUCGACCCCCUAGCCAAGGAGGAAGAGCUUACAGCUCUCCUUGAAAACAAGAUCGAGGGUGGGGCAGGCAUCGUCUCAACGAGCAUUAGGACAAUGCCGGAUGGCACCCAGCGGGCACGCGUCCGUCUGCCAGCCAAGGCCGCCAAAGCGCUGGAUGGUACGAAGCUUCGCUUGGGCUUCUGCAUUUCCAGAGUGAAGAUGGCUCCUCCAACACCCAAAGAGCAUCUUCGCUGCUACCGAUGCCUUGAGCACGGCCACAACGCCCGCGAUUGUCGGUCACCUGUAGACCGACAAAAUGUUUGCAUCCGUUGCGGACAGGAAGGUCACAAGGCUGGUACAUGCAUGGAAGAAAUACGCUGCGGCAAAUGCGAUGGCCCCCAUGUUAUCGGGGACCGGACAUGCGAUCGGUCGGCCACCCAAUGACGCAGCUAAAAGUCCUCCAAGUGAACCUGGGUGGAGGCAGGAUCGCCCAAGAUCUGGUCCUGCAAACCGCCCGACAAAUGGAAGUGGACGUGCUGGUUCUUUCCCACACGUAUCGACCACCCGAGAACAACCCAAGAUGGGCAGUUGAUGCCUCCAAAAAGGUGGCAGUCGUGGCCACAGGACGAUACCCUCUACAAGGACAAUGGAGCAGUGAUGUUCCAGGCCUUAUAGCUGCCAAGGUGGGUGGCAUCACCUUCCUAAGCUGCUACGCGCCACCCAGCCUGUCGCGGGAAGGAUUUGCGGAAUUCGUUGAAGCAAUUGAAUUGGAAGCCCAAUCCCACCCUCAGGUAGUAGUUGCCGGAGACUUUAACGCUUGGCAUGAGGAGUGGGGAAGCCAACGCAGCAAUGAGCGUGGGGAAGUACUGCUCGAGGCGUCCCAGCAAUUGGGCCUGCUGCUGAUGAAUCGAGGGAAUGUGGCAACCUUUGUUGGAAACGGUGUGGCGACUGCCAGCGUUGUCGACGUGACCUUCGCCAGCUCGUCCAUAGCUCAGCCGAGCACUUGGUUGGUAAGAAACACGGACACGCGAUCUGACCAUAGGUAUAUCACCUAUUCGGUAGGCCCAGCGUCAGCAGACCAGCAGCGUAACCAAGGACAGUCACGUCAACGGGGCCAGCGAGAGCGUUUUCAACAUGCAGGCACGCGAUUUAAGACGAAACAGUUCUCGAAAGAGAAUUUCCUGGCCACGCUACAUGGCGAGGGAUUCCGAGAGAAGGCAGUCAAUCACCAGGGAAUGAUCUCGGCAAUGAUAUCGGCCUGCGAGAAAACCAUGCAAAGGAUGACGUCGUCUUUCCCCGACCCUCAUCGGGACGUUUACUGGUGGACGCCACUGAUUGCUCUGCUUAGGCAAAACUGCGAGCAGACGAGAGAUCGCAUGCAGCAGACAAGUGAUCUCCAGAACCGAAGUCUGGCUGCAGCCCAAUACCGAACAGCUAAAGCUGAGCUGGAUAGAGCUAUACGUGCCAGCAAAAAGGCCGCCUUCCAGGAAUUGAUCGAUGCUGCGGAGGAAAACGUUUUCGGAGCCGGGUACUUAGUAGUCCUCUCCCGUCUUCGCGGUGGAAGGGCCCCACCCGAGACGGAGAGAGCGAGGCUUGAAAGCAUCGUUACAGAGCUUUUCCCGCAACAUCCGCCCUUCAACUGGCCCAGCAUCAGUUCCGAGGAAGAACAGGAACAGCCUGCAGACCAGCAGACUCCAUGGACCCAAGUCACGAUCCCGGAACUCCGUCUGAUAGCUAGCACCAUGCCGAACAAAAAAGCGCCGGGCCUUGACGGAAUUCCGAACGCCGCUGUCAAGGCUGCAAUCCUUGCGUACACGGACGUUUUCCAGGCGUUGUACCAAAGCUGUCUGGAAACGGCUACAUUUCCAGCACCAUGGAAACGACAGCGGUUGGUACUGCUCCCCAAGCCGGGGAAACCACCGGGUAGCAACGGGUCAUACCGACCUUUGUGCAUGCUGGAUGCCUUAGGGAAA